AUGUUUGCAACAAGUGCUUUGUUUGCCUUUAUUUGCAUUCAGGGUUUAGUGUCUGCUGAAGAAUAUUUAGUGCCACAAAAUAUCGACUUGGAUGAAAUACUCAAAAAUGAUCGUUUGACAAGGAAUUAUAUCGACUGUGUUCUAGGAAAAGGAAAAUGUACACCCGAAGGAGAAGAACUUAAAAGAGAUAUUCCCGAAGCGUUACAAAAUGAAUGCGCCAAAUGUAACGAAAAACACAAAGAAGGAGUAAGAAAAGUUCUUCAUCACCUAAUAAAAAAUAAACCAAACUGGUGGCAAGAAUUGGAAGCCAAGUUUGACCCCAAAGGCGAAUAUAAACAAAAAUAUAACAAACUUUUGGAAAAAGAAGGUUUACAAGCUU